AUGAAAGUGUUAAUAAUCUUAGUAGUGUGUGUGGCUGCCGCAACAGCACAAUUCGAAGCCUAUGGAGGCGGUCAAGCUCAAUCUCAAGCCCAAGCUCAAUCCCAAUCUCAGUCCUUUGGUGGUGGUUUCGGCGGUGGCGGUUAUGGUGGUGGCCCAGGCUAUGGCGGUUAUGGUGGUGGUCCAGGCUAUGGUGGUCGUGGCUUUGGUCGUGGUGGUCGUUUUGGUGGCGGCGGCUUCGGUGGUGGUCCAGGUUUUGGCGGUGGUGGCUACGGUGGUGGUGGCAGUAGUUCCGGUGCUCAAGCUAGCGCCGGCAGUACUGGCAGUGGCGGUGGAGGUGCCUUUUUCGGCUGA